UCACACGUGUGUGAUAAGUGAAGCUAAAAGUUAUUUUUCCAACCAUUAAUUUUAAUUUUUGGUAAAAUGGGAGAUAAAAUUCAUAUAGACCAAAAAAGAUACGAUGAUGCUGACGAUUAUGAACCUACAGACUCUGAAGCGGAGUAUAGUGAGGAUGAUAAAGAAUUGUUGCGCCAAGUUCGAAAAGGUCGUAAACGUGAGGUUGAUAGCAAAGAAAACGAAUUGAUGGCAUUCGAUGAAAGUGAUGAUGAGGACGAUGAUGAGGAUGAUGUGGGCGAUUUAAUUCGGGACAGUGAUAUAGAGGGCGCCGAGAGUGAUGAUGACUUACCCGAUACCACAAAUUGGGGCGAUAAGAGCCGCAAUUAUUACAAUACGGAUUUUGUGGAUCCUGAUUAUGGCACAUAUACUGCGGAACAAGAGGAGAUGGCUAAGGAAGAGGAAGAGGAAGCGAAAAAGAUACAAAUGCGUUUAGCGAAACAAAUGAAAGAAGAGGACUUUUUAUUGGAUGACACACUUAUUCAUGCCGUUAAACCUAAAGAAAAAAAGCUCAAAAUGGAAACUGCAGCGGCAGAACCAAUCGAAGUUAAAGCUGAUCUUGCUGGUAUUACAAAGCGAGAUAAAUUAAGAUUAUUUCAAGAAGACUCACCAGAGUUCGCACCACUUGUGGACGAUUUUGAAAAUUAUGUGAAAGAGGUGGAACUGAUUAUAGCACCCGUUAUGCUAUACGUGCGUCAAAACAAUGUGCCAAAGAUACCUGCUUUACAAUUUGCAGAGCUCUAUCAAAAUAUAGCGCUCAGUUAUUGCUCGAACGUAGCAUUUUAUUUGCUUUUGAAAGCUAAACGUACCGCUGUACGCAACCAUCCAGUUACAAAACGUUUAUUACAAUUGAAAAAACUCAUCAAACAGUUACAAGACAAAUACGAUAAUAUAAUACGGCCACAAUUGGAGGCAUUAUUAGAGCGAAUUGUGGAUGGUGAUAAAUUCCAAGUAUUGGAUGUUAAGGAUAUCGCUGACAGGACUAAAUCGAAGAAGAAGACGAAAUUGGGUAUACUCGAAAAAUAUGAUGAGACAAGUAAAGUUGAUAUCAAACCCGCUGAUGAGCAGUCUGAAGACGACGAUGAUGACGACAAUGAAGAUGAAGAUAUGGAUCUUACUGAAGCUGAUCCAUAUGCGGAUGAGGAUACGCGUCGUGGCAUUACCUAUCAAAUUGCCAAAAACAAAGGUCUUACACCCGCGCGCAAGAAAGAAUUGCGCAAUCCACGCGUCAAACAUCGCAACAAGUUCCGCAAAGCUUUGGUGCGACGCAAGGGUGCAGUACGCACCGUACGCAAAGAAACAAAACGGUAUGGUGGCGAAAUAUCCGGUAUCAAAGCGACGGUCAGCAAGAGUGUCAAAUUCAAAGUAUAAUAAAUUCAAAAUAUAUAUUUUUAAUUUUACAAUGUUGGCGAGUAGAUAUUACGUGGAGAGUGUUAAUAUAAAACACAAAGUGAUUCUUACAAAAAAUAUA